AUGCGCUUCCCAGCGACUUCGCUGAUCGUCACAUUCGACCUUUUGUUUCGUACGACGAAAGUGUUCGGCGGACGCUGUCUUGCUGUAACAGCAAACAUGUCAGUGACAACACCCACCUAUGGGAACUCGACAUCCACAGCUUCAGCUUGUACAUUCUACGGCGGCCCGUCAUGCGUUGUCGAUUUCAAGCCGGCGUUUGCCUAUUGGGGCGGUGCUAUUAUGGUCACAAGAAAUGCGUCAACAACUGGAACCGUGACUGAGUCGACAAUGCCUCCCAUUGCUACGACUCGAUACUAUGUGGAUCCAGACAGUAAUCGUACAGUCUCUUCGAGCUUGAUAUGCAACUGGAGCCUUUACGAGUCAGAGUACUACAACGAGGGAACGACUACGACUCAGCCCGAUUCCUACCCGUCGACUCAGCCCGGAUAUUAUACAGUCAACUCCCAAUGCUCGCUUCUAGGAGUGUUCCCAGGGCUACUUGAUAACAACGGGACAUGGCAUCAUUUGACGGCGACUUACCCAGACCCUCUCAUCGACCUUGGUAACACCAUUAGGAUCACGACAAGACUGUGCCCGUCCACGAUUCACACCAUUGUAACAACAUCAGUGACCUACACAGACGAGUUCUCCUCUUACAUCGAGACAAUUCACCCUUCAGGUGCUUCAGGCGUCGAGACGAGCACGGGCAUUGCGUUCCCGUGGUGGACCUUCCCAGAGUUGACAAACUAUCUCAGCGACAUCCCGGAGCUGUCUAGUUGUUCUAUAUCACUCGGUGGUUCGCCAGCACACUUACGAGGAGCUAGUUACUUGACUGAGAAUGUCGUACUACCGCGAACGACGCAAGCCUCGUCCACCCAAGCGAAACAGCCAGCUCCUGAUUCCUCCACUGUUGCCCGUCCAAGCGCUGAGCCCGAGCCAGCAUCUUCUACUCCUGCCAGUCCGGUAUCCAGACCUGACGCAAUCGCUACUAGCAGUACACCACCAGUCCCGUCGCCCACACAGCCCGGCGACUCGACCGAGCCCGAUAACGACGAUCCUGCCUCGCCGGACGACUCGAUCACGGAUGACUCUGCCACAGAUGAUCCCGGCACAGACGACUCAUCUCCGAACGACGCUUCCUCUCCAUCACCCUCAGCUACUCUAACUCAAGGCAACGAAGAGUCUACACCGAUCAAUCAAGAUCUAAUAUGGUCAGCUAUAGGUGAGAUUGGGCAGGAUGAGUCGAACUCAACCACCUCAUCAUAUGACAGCAACAUGGAUGAUUCUGGAGGCUGGCAAGGGGACAACGACUCCACAUCAAACCCGACGGAAGGUACGAAUCAGUCCGAGGACGACACCGCAGUACAACCCAUUGAUCAAUCUACCGAUGACAAUCCGAGUUCUUCUGGAAGUACGGAUAACCCCGGCAACUCGCAGGAUGAGGAUAACUCGACAAGUUCUGGCGACACAAUUGGCGACACCGAUACAGACGGCUCACAAACACCUGGUGGCUCGCCAACUGAAGUGCCUGCCGGCGUUGUGGUCACAAUGACAAGCAGCGGAACGCCAGUUGCCUUCACAGUGGUUCUGACCAACGAUGACCGCGAUGAUGCGGUACAAUCUUUCGUGGCCGCAAACGGGGCAUCUGUGACAAGCAAUGCUUUGGUCGUCGGUACGCAGACUAUCGAGGCGGGCGGACCAGCUGUGACGAUUACGAACGAUGGACAGACGCAAGUCUUGAGCGUUCCGGCGCAGACUCAAGAUCCUGCUGUUGUCGUGACCGCAACGGACAGCAGUGGCCAAGAAGCCGUGGUAACCCUUUCUGCUGGUAGUGCUGCCGACCAAGACGCUGUUCAGUCCAUAGUCGCGGCACAAGGGGUAGUGGUCGAUGGAAGUGCCGUAAUCAUCGGCUCACAGACUUUGCAACCUGGGAGACCUGCCGUGACUGUCUCGAACGACGAAGUCACCCAAGUCCUGAGCCUUCCAUUGCCGACCGCGGGUAGUCCUAUCGUUGUCACAGCGACUGACAGCAAUGGACAAGCAGUAGCUGUCACUAUGUCUGCUGAUAACCAAGCAGCAGUCCAAGCCUUGGUAUCCGGCUACAGUGCUCAGUACGAAGACGGUGCUCUGGUCAUUGGGACACAAACUCUGGUCCCUGGUGGUCCUGCAAUCACCAUCGCCGGCUCGGAGUACACCGGUGCAGUGAGCCUGCCGGCGUCGUCGUCCGACGACACUAUCUCCGUCGGCAUUCCUGCAGAAGAUGGCAAGACUCAAGAGGUUGCGAUCGUCUCGAACGGUGAUCUGGAUGAUAGCGAAGUGCAGUCAUUGCUGGCAGUAAACGACGCCCACGUCACCGAUGGCAUGGUUGUCGUCGGCACGCAGACCCUAACACGGGGUGGAACUGGCAUUACAUUGACUGAAGGUGGCCAAACACAAGUGACCAGCUUGCCUGAACAGCCAAGAGCGACUGCGUCUGGACCCCUUACAACUGGUAGUCAAGUGGUAUAUCCUGGUGGAAGUCCUGUCACCAUCACCAGCAAUGACAGAACGCAGGUCAUGAGCUUGCCGACCCUCGUGCCGGGCAGCAGUGGGCUGGUCAGCUCAGUGAUAAUCGCCAAUGCGUCUACUACGACGACUGAGGGCAUUGGUGACUACAUCUGCAGUGUGAUGGGCAGCUGCUCGACAGCCGUCGAUGCAUCGAAAUCCAGAACGGACGCAGCUGAUGUCACUGGCACCAGCGAUGAGACAUCCACGCCUACUGGGGAUGCUAGAGGAAUGGCUCUGCAACGUGUAUCGUGGAUGUUGGCUACUGUUCUCCUUGUGUUUGUGGCUUUCUUGUAA